UGGGGGUGAGUUUCUCAAAUAUUUUUCGGGAGCCAUGUCUGAAGAUAGCCCAGUCAUUACCCAUCAGCCAUUGCCGCGUCCGGUCGAGGUCAACGUACGACACGGUUCGAUUGACCCCAACGACAACGUCGAGCCUGGAUCGCCGGACGAUAACGGAUUCAAACAUUCCAAACCGUUUCGGGCAGACGGGUCCAAUCAACAACCUCCACCCGAAUACAACAUCCAGCAGCCCCCGCCUGCCUACAUGCAGCCUGCUCCAGUUCCGCAAGGGGGCGUCGUUUAUGCACCUGCACCGCAGCAGCCGCCCGCGGUUCAGCAAACUACCACCGUGGUGACGCAGCAGCCCGGCUUGGCGUUUGGUGGGAAUCAGAGAGCACGUGCCUGGAAGUACGGCCUAUGCUGUGGCUGCUGCUGUCCUACUCCAAACUUCCCUUGCUGGUGUUCGUGCCUGUGCUACCCGUGCUACAUGUGUCACGUGGUACAGUCCAUGCACGAGACAACAUGGAUCGCCGCCUUGCUCUUCAAGGGUCCGUUCUGGUUCCCUCUCACGUCAACCUUACUGCGUCUCAAGCUCCGGACGGAACAAAACAUACACGGUUCCAUCUGCAAUGACUGCUGCUGUUCGACCUUCUGCCCUUGUAUGACCUUGACCCAGCUGGCCCGGGAGUGGCGUGACCUCAAGAAGAUCGAGAGAAAGUUCGCCGGCCUGCCCAUGCAGCAGGUGGGCGGAGGAGGCGUCACUAUGGUAACCACUCAGUGACGUCACAUCGAACUAAAAUGACGUCAUACGGAUCUGGACAACGGCUAUUUCGAGAAAGAGAACAUUAUCGAUAAUAAAAACUAUAUUUUGAAAAUUCUACUAUAAAAAACUACUAUAUUUUUCAACAUGUCUACGUAUAGAUGUUACAUUGCUAUUAUUUAGAAUAAGGGUGACAAAAAUGGCAUAAAAUCUAUACAGCUUGAUCGUACUGGUAAUAAAUGUAUAUUUUGCAGUAUAUAAGUA